AUGAAGAAGCCCCGCAAGAGCCAUCAGGGACGAGGGUCCGUGGGCUUGAAAAUAGAAUGGAAGCCAGCUCGACCUCAGCCCCCGCUACUGAAGCUUGAAUCUGGCAGCAACAACAGUGGGCUACGCGGGGAGGGUGCGGCCCAUGUCCCUGAACGGAGCAGGACAACGAAUGGGAGGCUGGUGGGACCAGAUGGUGCCUAUAAGGAGGCGGUGGCAGAGGCACGACUAGGCACGACUAGACAGGCCGAUACGGGAGCCACCGCUUCAGCCCUGAGGAUGUGCAGGCCCCAACGGGAGAUGAGACGCCCAAGGCGUUUCUGGGUUUUCCCAAUGUUCCAAGAAAAGGUGUCCGAGGGCGUCCGAGGGCGUCCAGCGAGCGCGUCGUUCGCCAAUAGUUACUUAGCUUGCAAGACAUGCCGCCGAGCUGUCUCUAGAGGCGCGAAUUGGCGGCGUCGAGGUGAUGAUCGCGGUGCUAGCAACGCCGUAGACCAUGUGGCGAGAAACAAGUCUGCAGGUCCAACAGGUUGGCUCCACGAAGUACUGCGCCGCCUCCUCCGCUAG